AUGGACAUCUACGAGUCUCCCCCCAGCAGGUACAUCACACUUGUGUCGAGCGAUGGCUUUGAGUUUGUCGUCAUGCGGGAGGCUGCCUACAUCAGCCCAGCCAUCAAAAGCAUGCUCGACCCAAAGAGCCAGUUCUCGGAGGCGCGCACCGGCCGUUGCGUCUUUGAGGAGAUCAACCUCCUUUGCUCCGGCGCGCCCCAAAAGCAUGAGUCCCAAGCUAACUCGUUUCAAAGUGGCAUGGUGCUUGAAAAGGUAGUCGAGUACUUCCAUUACUGGUACAGGAACAGAGAUCGUGAGGACGUCCCUGAUAUGGAUAUCCCCGUCGAGCUGUGCUUGGAGCUACUGCUCGCUGCGGAUUAUCUCGGUCUUGACAAACCAACAUGA